ACGAAGAUUCGCAGUGAAUGGGGUGGGGGCAUCGGGUCGAAAAGCCGUUUGUGGCAACCACCAUGGAGCAAGAAAUCAGCGCAGUAGUGGAACGGCGAUACAGUGGAAUAAAGGAGCAGCUGGAAGACAAAGUAAUUGAACCGGAUCCUUUACCAGCCGGGGUACAGAGCAUGAUUGGUGCAGCACCCGAAGCACUCCGACAGCAUGGGUGGACCGGAUUGAAAGGUCUUCCGCUGGACGGGUUGCAAUUCCUGGCAAACACAGAAUGGCUGCACAUGAGAUUGGACCCACGCGACCCAAUGAAAUACAACAUGUACAUCCACAAAGACAGGCACGUGCUCGUCUUCGAAGAACCAACAAACUACUGCUGCAUAUUUCUUUGCCCUGGCAAUCGACCUUUCGACAUGCCGGGAAGACGUUCCGAAGACACAGUCAUGGUGCUCCGAAGGCCUCUUCGCUGGGAAAGCGCUGUCUGCGGCUGCUUCUGUUGCUGCUGCCUGCAGAAGAUGAUCGUGGAGGCUCCGGAAAGUCAAGUAGUUGGCUACGUGCAGGAGAACUGCAGCAUCUUUCGCUCCUUAUUUACUAUCCUCGAUGCCCAUAAAGAGCCUGUGCUUAAAGUGGGCGGCGUCAAAACCUGGUCAAUUCUUCCCUGCUGUCCAGCGAAAAAAGCUUUCGGGAUUGAAACUAAAGACCGAUCCCAUGUGAUUGGAUAUAUAAUCUUCGAUUCUGUGCCAGAAGUGGCGAAACGUUUGCAGCGUUUCAUAGUCGCCUAUCCCAAGGACCUCGACGUUGGAGUUAAAGCCACUCUCAUUGGCUGCGCAAUGCUGCUAAGAGAAUUAUGCGAAAUGGAUGUCGUAGAACCGCCGAUGCGGAUCUUCGAGGGACCUGUGGAGGAUCUCUAUUCGGGCCCCAUAGAUCGGUGCCGACUGUACACGCUGCUUCCUGGUUCCCUCAGCAAGAAAGAUAUUCAGCGCUUGGUCCCAGAAUCCACGAAGCAUGUGAUUGAAAAAGCGCGCACGCUGAAGGCUGGAGUCUGGGCUGUUCCAGCCAUCUACGCGGGAAAGAAGGAUAAAAAGGAAGAUGUGGACGUUCCUUUGAAGUAUUACGCAAACGACAACUAUAGAUGCUCUGUGCAAAGCCCGAACGUGUAG